AUGAAGUGUAUCAUUAAUAGUAGUCUAUUGUAUAUAUUUCAGGUCACGAAUGUUGAUGGAACUUGGAGGGUUGGCGGUCUUCUAGCUCUUUCACGUGCAUUUGGUGAUGUUUACUUGAAGAACUGGUCAGAUGGGAGGAUCGAUGGGGCACAGGGUGGAUAUGGACUUAUUGUAGAUCCUGAUGUAACAAUUGAAACUAUAUCCUCUGAGGAUGAUUUUGUUGUUUUGGGAACUGAUGGACUAUGGGAAAAGAUAGAAAACCAAGAAGUGAUCGAUAUGUGCUUAUCAAUUGGAUCGAAGAAACCACUGGAGGAUGUUGCUAAGCACCUUGUGAAAGUUGCACAAGAUCGAGGGACAACUGAUGACAUUUCAGUUAUUGUAUUACGACUACCAAAAGCAACAAAUCCAGAGUCAAAUCAAAAUUAGCCACUGUAUUUCAUUUUCUAGAGGCAAUGAAAGCCAAAACCAAUGAACUUUUACUGAGCUUUCUUUCUAUCAAGAUUCUUAGUCAAUAGAAUGGAGGUGCAUGUGUUCCUUAUUUCUACUGGCAAUAAGAAUGGACAGAUGUAUAUUAACUUUUUGAUCUUAAUAAGAUCAAUUUAGGAAACGUCUAGCAUUAAAGAAUGCAAUCUCCCGAUAGAAGAAUGGGAAUGAUCCAGUUUCAUCUUGCAUAGACUAAUUCAAGAGAAAUUUCUCUCAUUUAUUUUUCUAUAAAUGGAAACAAUGUUUCAUUCU